UGAGAAGGGAGGAGGCUGAGGACCCUCAGGACACAAUGGACAAGUUCCGGAUGAUCUUCCAGUUUCUGCAGUCCAACCAAGAGUCCUUCAUGAACGGAAUCUGUGGCAUCAUGGCGCUGGCCAGUGCCCAGAUGUAUUCUGCAUUUGACUUCAAUUGCCCCUGCCUUCCUGGCUACAAUGUGGCCUACAGCAUGGGCAUACUGCUCACGCCUCCCCUGGUGCUUUUCCUGCUUGGCCUAGUCAUGAACAACAAUGUAUCCAUGCUGGCUGAAGAGUGGAAGCGCCCUGCAGGCCGUCGGGCCAAGGACCCAGCUGUGCUACGUUACAUGUUCUGUUCCAUGGCCCAGCGAGCUCUCAUCGCUCCUGUGGUCUGGGUGGCUGUCACGCUGCUGGAUGGCAAGUGUUUUCUCUGUGCCUUCUGCACAGCCGUGCCGGUGGCCACACUAGGCAAUGGCAGCCUGGUGCCUGGCCUGCCUGCUGCAGAGCUGGCUCGCCUGCUGGCUCGUGUCCCCUGCCCUGAGAUCUACGACGGGAACUGGUUGCUGGCCCGAGAAGUGGCCGUGCGCUACUUACGCUGCAUCUCUCAGGCACUGGGCUGGUCCUUCGUGCUGCUGGCCACGUUGCUGGCAUUUGUGGUGCGCUCUGUACGGCCCUGCUUCACACAAGCUGCCUUCCUCAAGAGCAAGUACUGGUCCCACUACAUUGACAUUGAGCGUAAACUCUUCGAUGAGACAUGCACGGAGCACGCCAAGGCCUUUGCUAAGGUAUGUAUCCAACAGUUCUUUGAGGCCAUGAACCAUGACCUGGAACUAGGUCACACACAUGGCGUGUUGGCCACGCCCACAACUGCAACCACGGAGGCUGCUCCAAGUCCCUCUGAAAGGAUGGAGGAAGAGAGGGAGAAGCUGCGUGGUAUCACCGACCAAGGCACCAUGAACAAACUGCUCAUAAGCUGGCACAAAUGCAAGCCACCACUGCGGCUGGGCCAGGAGGCACCACUGAUGGGCAAUGGCUGGGCUGGGAGUGAACCCCGACCUCCACGCAAGGAAGUGGCCACCUACUUCAGCAAAGUGUGAGCUGUAGCUGCAGAGACGGGAAUACAGAUCUGAACCCACAGUCCUGUGCCCCUCAAAGUAGACAUUAAAAUAAAAAAACAAUUCUGAGGCACAGCCACAAGUCCAGGCAAUAAGGAAAUCUGGAGCUGAAGGACCUUACCUCUUUAGCUGUGACACUGUCUGGGUGGCCUGGGAGCAGUGGCGCCUGUGCCCCACCUGUGGCUGCAGUAUUACAAGUGUUCACUUCUGGCUGUAAGAACAGGAUGCAAGGUACCAGGACUGGUACCGAGUCCCUUCCCCGCCCUCAUUGUGAUGCUGUUCCUUCCAUCCUUGGCUGACUGUCCUUAGGCUUCCUAAGUCCACAGCCAGCACUUCCUCUUGCUCCAGACUCCUCUCAGGCUGAGGCUCAAGGACUAAGGGCAAUCAGCCCUCUCAUAGUGUUUGCCAGUUUCUUGGGUAAGAUGGAACGGGGCUUCACCUGGUGUGACACACCUGGGUGACGCAUGGUAAGAUGCCAAGACCUAGGACCACGUGAGAGAGGCCAAGGUGUGUGUCACGGGGGCCAUUAGAACAACUUUUGAGACAGACCCCAUGUUUACCUCACACUAGGUACAAAGUUAAUAUUCUCACACAUGAUCUUAGGGAAGCAGACCACAUCCAUGGGGCUUGAGAGCUACAAAUGGAAGCUGAUGAAUUCUUAUUUUCUCAGAGGCUCCCUGGGGAGCUUGCCCCAUUGUGUGGUGAAGAUGAGGGUGUCACCCAAGAGUGGGAGUAAAGACUAGGGUGGGAUACAAUGGGUUAAAUGCUGGUCCUACCACUUGCAAAGUGUGUCUCUGGGCCUGGUGCCUCAUUUCCUGGGUUCCAGUCUCCUCAU